CAUGUUUGAAAUAUGGUUGUGUUAUCAGAAACCAUCAAAAUGACCUACGAUUAUUACUGUUCAACGGUAGAUACAAACGACGGUAAAAUUCACAUUCGUUUCUUGUCGGAAAGUGUCGGACUACCUUCGUUGCUUUCGUGUCAAAAUUCAAAAAUAUGGCGGCAGCCAAAAGCAGGCGUGUUAAAAACAUCAGAGAUAAAUUGGAGGUUUGUAGGGUAUUUUAAAGAAAUUUAUAACUUAUUGAAGUAAAAACAGUUUGUGUGGUAUAUGUAGAUGUAAAAACGUAGUGAAAUAGGUUAGGAAAGCUUAAUAUUCAGCAAAACCUUUUGUCUUUAAAAAACAUUACGGGAACCACUGAAUAUUUUAAUGCCGAGUAUUCUAAUGUACUAAUGCUGUACAUUGGUGUGUAUAUAAAGUUAUGUAUAUUAUAUACUUGAAUUUUUAUAAGAUAUUAACCAAUCCCAAACCCUUCUCUAACCCUAUAAAGUUACCCUAACCCCUUCUCUAACCCGGCCAGAGGCCGCAGAAGCAUUCCGAAAGUGGGGGGGGGGGGGGCAUUCGCCGAAAGGGGCACUUUUGUAUAUGACCAAAAUCAAACAAUUUUAUGUCAUUUCACGAGCCGAACGAAAAUUUUUGAAAAUACAGAGUCUCUAUAACGACGGAAAUGGCAUUUACAGAGUCUUUACUACACGAAAAGGGCACUUUGUUUCCAGCAAAAGAGGGCAUUCAUUCAAGACAUUUUCGCUCUUUAAAUGGGGCACUUUAGCCCAGGAAAAAGGGCACUUUUUUCACUUUCAAAAAAAGUGUGGAGGGGGGGCACAUGCCCCCAUUGCCCCCGUAAACUUCAAUCUGGGCACAAGAAAAUCUCGACUUGCCAUACAUUUUCCAGCAUCAGAUGCAAUUGGUUUGAUAUUACUAGCCUGCAUAGCACGUGCUAGGGGGAAGGGCAACUGGGUGAGGGUGGGGCACUCCUCAUAAAUUCUAUCCCACCAACAGUUUUGCAUGAUAGCACCUUCACUUGGCCUAACUAAUUAUUAUGUAAUAGACCCAACCAAUAUGUAUUACCUGAAUCUUGUGAUUUUCCAACAAAAAGCAUCGUUGGAAAUGUGAUUUAUCACAUAUUACUUUACAACUAAAAGGGCACUUCUGCCCCCCCUGCCCCCCCCCCUAGCAAAAGGCAAGGGGGGGCAGUCGCCCCCCCUGCCCCCCCAGUUCCGGCGUCCCUGGUUAUUAUAAAUUAGUUAUUCUGCAUGUAAUUAGGUAAUUGUCUUUGAAAAGCCUCUAUGGGGAAAGAUAAUAAAGUAUCAAUCAAUCAAUCAAUCAAUGAGCUUAAUCUGAAAAAUACAAGGAGAAUUUCAACGUUUCGAGCGCAGGCCCUUUGUCGGGAGUUAGUGUUAUUACAAUCGAAGGGCCUUCGGUCGAAUCUUGAAAUUCUCCAUAUAUUUUUCAGGUAGUUGCAUCCCUACCAAUGACAGCUUAACCCAUUAAGCUGCAGAGCUUCCCCACUGACGAGUAAAAUCGUCCGGCCUUAGACAAGUAAAAAAAAGUAAGGCGCACUGGGGCGCAUUUCGGCUCAAUGGCCUGGCGUUAGACAAGUAAAAAAAAGUAGGGCGCACUGGGGCGCAUUGCGGCUCAAUGGGUUAAUAUUAUGAGUAUAUACUAGAGAGAAUAUAUUGUGAAUUAAUUAGCCUUUCUCACGAUGACGAAUAUCCGCCAUUUUUGGGUGGCAUCUAAUUCUCGUUAACCAAUGUAGACAAUUAAAACAAUGUGAAAAGCAAUUUUUCAAAAUAAACUAACCAUUUACAAAGCAAAUUUACCAUCCUUUGUUCAAAAAAUUAUAAAAAGUCGCUGUUUAUUUAUUUAGCUUUGCCAACUAGGGGCAGGGUCACCACAACAGCAUAUGCCAAUUACUGUGGGCCCUUCUUACCUAACCCACCCUGUCAACUUUCCCUGUGGGAGGAAACCGGAGUACCCGGGGAAAACCCACGGCUUUCGGCAGAGCGUUGACUUUUACUCUUUUCACAUGAGGACUGGGUUCGAGUCGCACUGAGAAGGUACUUAGUGAGAUUCGAACCUGCAGCCUCAGAGGUGAAAGGCAAGUGCACUAACCACUUGGCCACCGAAGCCCCAAGCUGUUAUGUGGACUUACAAUCUCGCAGACUUCGGCUGAAAUGCCACCCAAAAAUGGUGGCGUGAGAAAGGCUAAUUGGGUCUGUCUGCACCUUGUAGUUUCUUGGUUGUCCUCAUGUUGAGAAUGUUGAUGAAUCAUGGAUGUCCGAGUUAUUAUUUAAGUCAGGAGAACCAAGACUAAGGCUUAUACAGUGGCUACUUACAAGGUAAUUCAAAAGUAUUAACCAUGAUGUAGUAGCACUCCAUACUGGAGUUCUGGGGAGACCAGGGUGCAUUCUAUGUAGACCGAGAUAUGCCAACAUCUUCCAUUGAUCAUACCACCAUUUCAAAAACGUUUUAAUUUUGUGCACUAUGGGAGGGUUUUCAGUUUUGUGUGAGGCUUUGGCUAAUGGCGAUGAAGCUAUGGCGAAAGGGAAAAGCCUAGACUAUGUAGACUGCACCUGAGUUAAGUUUCACAAUCAAUUUGUGCACAUGGAUUAUAUAUUAAUGUAAAAGCUCUGGCGAAUUUGGGUGGGGCUGAAUGAAAAAGUCUGGCGAAAUUUGCCGUUUGCCGGCCUGAACUGAAAACCCUGACUAUGGUACCAUGGAUGUUAGACAACAGACAAUCUUUUAUUGUGUGCUUUUAGACUGAAGCUACAUAAUUAUUUAUCACAGAGUAUGUGCUGUAAAAUUAAUAUACAGAUACAUACUUUAUGACAAUGAAUAACUUAAUUAAGCACAAAAUAAGGUAUGCUAAUAUCUUGUUUUUGAGUUAUCUCACGCCAAUACACCAACAAAUUUUGUGACCUCAUGCCGGAAGUGUUUGAAACUGAUGAAACUAUCAAUUCAUGCUUACACUAUAGGUUUGGUCAUCCUCAAUUGGAAGAACUUUUAGAAAGUCAUCAAGCAGUACUCAGUAAUUUAACUGACUCCAGAGUUGGAAGUAAGACUUGACAUAAUUUACAAUUUAACAAUGUUUCUAAUACUAUCUAUUUGACCAUUAACCCAGCCAUUGAGCACCAGCUCUCUCUCUUUGAUGAGUAUAAAAUCAUUUGCCGCCAGACAGAAUGAAAUUGUAAUAAAGUAGAGUGCAGUGCAAUACACCCUUUCAACACUACAUCACACAUACUUUUUGGUCUGGAGCCUCGCUCUCAUUAGUAAAUUACGCAAGGUGAUUGGCUCACAAUUCCAUUCUCGUACCCAGAGCCCUUACGCGCGGUGCGACGAGGGGCUCUGGCCAAAUCCAUAACCGGAUACCAUAAAAACAUGGUAAGAAAACAAUGUCCGGUGUUAGAACUAGCCAAUCAGAUGCCAGUUCGGAAUAUUGAUUUGGCCAGAGCCCCUCAUCGCACCGCACAUACUGUAAGAAGGGCUCUGGGUACGAGAAUGCUCACAAUUCAUGAGAGCGAGGCUCCCAGGCCAAAUGACAUAAUUAUUGAAAUUAAAGAGUGUAUUAACAUGGAUCAACUAAUUGACACAAGGGCAGAUAGUCUAAUUAACACACUGAGUGUCAGCACUCUCCCCUUGACAAGUAAAAUUGUCUGGCAUUAGUAGAGUAUAGAUUCAUUAAAUUAGGGUGUUUGGGGUGAAAUGGAACUCAGUGGGUAAAAUGGUAAAUAAGAAAUAAAAAAUCAAUAAAUUUGUGAUUUAUUUUUGUGAACAUUUUAGAGCUUCUCUUUUGUGCCAACUUGUUGGGUCUUUGUCAUGACGACGAUGUUGACCUCAUUACGGUAACUACAUAUUAUAGCUGCUGCAUUACAUUUGGUGCCGUACUGCCCAGGCAGACUCAUUUAAGCAUGUGCUGUAUGUGCCAGUGAUAGGAUUUUAUCCUUUGGCCAAACUGAAGUUUUAGCUCGGAAAACCUUGUUGAAACUCAAGCUGGGCUGAAAACUCUCCAUGUAAUCACAGCCCUUAGAUGUCCAAUUAAUAUGAAAUCACCAAAUAUAUCUGGUAACAGUUAUGAAGUUCAACACGUUUAACGAUUUUUUAAAGGGUGUGUCAUCCAAGUCAAAGCAGCUACAAUUUUUUGAAGAUGUAAUUGAUAUGCUUAUGGUGGUGGACAAUUUAAGUCAUACCUACAGAACUGCUGUUCCUGCAACACCACCAGCAGAUCGGUAAGAACUUCACCACAUUGUUCAUGAUAUUUCUUGACUGUGUAGCUGCCGGCUUUAUUAUAGCAAACAAGUUUAACCAUUUGACUGGCAGUACACCCUGCAUACUUGCAGAUUUUAUGCAUGUGGAGGUAUAUAUAGCCAAGAACUUUUUGAGUUGUCAACCUAUUUUGCAUGGAGUUGCAUGGUCUUGUAACUUCAGGAUUUUUAAUUCAACUAUAAGAUUUGAAGUUUUGAACGGCACAUUUUAGGUGUGGAGUUAACCUCUUAGACUAUUGAGAUUUAACAUCCCUCUAAGGCUUCCUAACUUAGAACUGCAGCCCUAGAAAAUUUGUUAUUUUACUCUGUCUAUAAUGCCAGACAAUUUUACUCAUCAAGGGGAACAUGCUGGCACUCAAUGGGUUAAGUUUGAUAAAAGUUAAUUAAAUUAAUUCAUUUGUACCCAAUUACAUUACAUUAUAUGUACUGUAGUUGCUAUACAGGGUGUGUCAAAAAAAGCGCAAUCCUCGACUGAAAUCUAAAUUGCUAAACAAAUACUAGACGAAAACGUUAAAGUUUACAUUCAUUUUAAAGCGUAGCCAUUCAGCUUUCUAACAGUGGGUUGUUUCUUAAAUUUGACUCAUUGGUUCGCGAGUAAUAAUACUUUACGUUAUUGCGAUUGGAGAUUAAAAAAAUUGAGAUGGAAUAACAAAUCGUUCUCAUGAAAAUAACUGAUUUUUUCAUUAAAACAAAAAAAUGUUGCAUUUUAUUAAAUGGAUUGUAACAAUAAGUAUAAUUACGGCUUUUCUUCCACUAUUUUUAACUCAGUUUGAAACUUCAAAUGCGAUAUAAUUUUGGCUUGGACCAUCUAAGCUGACUGACAUCAACUUGCUAUAAUUUCUGUUUACAUUACAUCGCAAUUCGAUGACACUCUGGCUCAGACACCAGAAUGUUUUGACGAUUUUUAGUAUUCGUUUAGGAUUUUCAAACAACCUGCAUGGUCUCUUUUAAAAUACUUUUAAUUUGUUCUUACGUGGUUUUCCAGAUGUAGUGACGACAACAUUAAAGUUUAAAGAAGAAAAUUCUAACAUUUAAACCGACUAAACAAUAACAUAGUAAACUUGCAUAAUUAAACAGCAACUAAAAAUGAUAGGUUUUACUAAAUCUUUUCCUGUGCAAUUAUUACUAGCAUUGGAGACAAGGAUAAUAGUUUGUUUGAAAGAGAAAAGAACAGGCUUUGAAGUAAGCCUAAAAGCGUUUAACUAGAAAUAGUAUUUCGAAAGUUAUUAAGCACAAAACAUGAAUUGCGUUUAUUUUGAUACACCCUGUAUAUACUGUACACACACUACACACUAUACACUAUAUAAUUAUAUAGUUACUGUAAAAUUUAAGAUACCGUAGAUAUAUUGUACGAUACAGAUUACAGGUAGUUAUAGUGUUCGGGUACUGCAUGCCUGGAAUAACCAUGUCUAAAGAAUACAGGCAGCCAAUUGAAUAUAUAACGUUUACUGUUUCAACAUUUUAUAAAGUUUGCUCUUGUCUCUUUGAAAGAAAAAAAAACAUACUAGCUAGAGAAGAUGUCCUGUGAUUUACAUACUUUGCUUGUAACGUCAGCUUGCUAAAAAAAUUAACAUAAAAUAUUGUUUGUCUUGUCUGUUCUACAAUCUAUAGUAUGUUGCGUCCCAAGACAUUUGGCGAAGCAGUUUUCGAUGCUUGUGAGUACAUUGAUUUGUUGUGCAGACAAGAAGAUUUGGGAGAGCUGUUUAAAGAAAAAAUACACCUAUUUCCACCCGAUAUAGAAAAGGAAUUUGGCACAAAAGAUCAUGAAAAUAAGAGGUGGGUAUAGACAUGCAGUAUAAUCGGAAAUUGUGAUGUCUAAUAACCUUUCUUUAAAAUGUUUUUAAUCUUUUACUUAUGCUGACACUAGAAUUAUACUAUUACAGAUCUCAAAUACCAGAAAUCACUGAUCUUGCUUCGUUAGCUCAUCAGAUUGAAAUGGAGCUCAAGAAGCAGAACAAAAUUUUGGAAAGACUUCAAUCAGAGGUAUUGCAUUGUAAUCCCCAAAUCGAUAUAUAGCCGAAUACAGUUACAAGUUAUUACAACUGUGAAGGGUUGAUAGCUAGGUCUAUUGUUAGUCGAGUGAAUUUUCCCUAAUUUAACCCUUUUUGAACGCCAGUGCUCUCCCCUUGAUAAGUAAAAUCACCUGGCAUUAGACAGAGUAAAUUAAUGAAGUAGGGUUCAUUACACAAAGCAAUUUAAAGGGUUAAGCCAACAAAAAACAGUAGUGUAUUUUGUAUCUCAAAUUCGCUCUUCAAAUAUUUUGUUUUCAAAUAAUUUGUUUUUUAUUUGUUUGUUGGUUUGUUUAUUUGUUGUUUGUUUGUUUGUUUGUUUGUUUGUUUGUUUGUUUGUUUGUUUGUUUGUUUGUUUGUUUGUUUGUUUGUUUGUUUGUUUGUUUGUUUGUUUGUUUGUUUGUUUGUUUGUUUGUUUAUUCAUUUGUUGUUUUUUUGUUUAUCUGUUUGUUCAUUUGUUUAUUUGUCUGUUAGUUUAUUUGUUUGUUAAUUUGUUUGUUCAUUUAUUUGUUUAUUUCUAUAGUCUUCCGCUGAUCAUGAUCCACAAACAGUGAACAAAGUGAGCAGAACGAUGUCUUUAACAAUGUCGACCUUAUCUCAGAUGGUUGAAGGAUUUAUUCAUUGCUAUGAAACUGAAAUGAAACAAUGGUCUGGAAGGGAAAAACCUCUCUUGUCUG